AUGGCUUCCGGCUUUGAUCCCGGUCUCAAUCUUCGCGCGACCGAUGUUGAUAUUUAUUGUCUGCCAAUAGAACUGCCAUUUAUGGAAUAUUCCAAGCAGAAGGCUUUUGAGAAGCUCAGACCACCAUGUGUCAACCUCAGCUCUGUAGCGCUCAAAUUUCGAGGCCAGCAAGCUUCCAUCAAAAACCUUCUACUAGCACUAGAAGCUGCUCAUGCUGUGAUCAUAGACCUCGGCAGGCAUGACGCUCUUGACGAGAAGCUUGCUGAAUAUGCUUUCUUCCCUCUCUCAACCGUGUUCAACGAGUCUCAGAAGCUCUCGUCCCGCUGCUUGGAGCUAGCAGUACAAUGUCUACAGGUUCUAGUGUCUCGAGGAUGGCGACGAAAGUUGCAACCAGAGAUGGGCAAGCAGUUGCUCAUCCUCCUAAGUCUGCUCGCCGGAGGCUCCCCCACUCGAUCCAGGGACAACGCUCCGUCCGAAGAACUUGUCUCCACUUGCUUCGAAUGCAUGAACACUCUUUUUGAUUUCCUGAGUCAAGUUGCUCAGCACGUAUUUGACGAGAUCGGUGCAAAAACCAUUGUUGACCAGAGUGUAUAUUUGUUGCUUGAAGCACUUACCGACAGUCCCUCGGAGAGUGUCCAGCUUUCAGCUGCAAAUGCUUUGCAGAGCUUACUCUCCAAGAUAAGUAACCGGAUUCUCUUAGCCAGUCUACUACCUCGAGUAGUCUCUGCUCUUACCAAAGCUUUGACUCGGAGCACUCAGAUCCGAAGGACUCACAAAGUCCUUGUUUGCCUACUUGAACUGCUAAGCCAUAUUUUGACAGAUGUCUUAGCUGAUGAGAUUGCAUUCAAUGAAACAGAGUCAUCAGGUAGUGGGAACGAAGUCGCAAUGCAAAGGCCAGAGAUCACGGAAGGCUCUCUGAUCCUGGAUGACAAGUGGCUGAAAGCUACUGCCUCCCAAGUCAAGCUCGCGCUGGCCAAUGUAGUCAAGUUACGCAACCAUGACAGGCAAGAGGUGCGACAUGCACUCUUCAAGCUAUGCCUAGCGAUGUGUGAGAAAUGCUUGAAGACACUGUCCGACUCACUGCAGCUCAACAUCGAGACUAUGGUUAUGCUUGCAGGUCGUGAUGGAAUUGAUUCUCUGGCACAAGAAAAGCAGCUACUGAAGCAUCUUAUACUGUCGAACUCUGCAUUGAUGGAUUUGCUUAGAAGUAGCUUGGACACAUGGAUAAUCGCACUUCCACGUGUGAUACAAGGGAAUGAUGACAGGGCGAAGCGGCAAGUCCUGCAACAGAUCUCUAUCGCCUUUCAGAUUGUUCUUGAAUCUGGAGACGCUUCCGACUUAUUGAAUGAUUAUCUUGCAAGCAGCUUGGUACAAAGCGUUUCGAUGGCAGUGGAGGGAUCUCAGGCGGUUUCUUUGCUCAGAGUUUCCGAAGCUCCUUCGCCUGCGCAAAUGGUACAGUUCCAGGAACAGUACCAUACCAGAAGUUUCGAGCCGGUCAUCCUGGAUGGAAAGGGUAGCUUGAAUCCGUUAGUGGAAUUACAUGCCUUGAUAAGUCAAAUGAGGAACUCUUCGGCAAGCGAGUCGUUAACAAGAUCAAUGAUGGUAAGAAUCGGGCAGUCUUCGGGUACCCAACAGUUAUCAUCACUUUGGUUGUGCCUCAUGUUUCUUAGUAGGGACAAUCCAUCGUUCUCUAUUUCCGAUUUCCUCGAUAUUCCUAGCGAAUCAUAUGAUGCCACUCCAUACCUCAUUUCAGACCUGUAUUCUGUCACUCUACCGUUGCUCUUGGCCAGCACAACGACCUUCUCCAUCUACGACUGGCGAAUCCCUGCACUCGCACUCGAAUCCACAAUCCUUCAGGCAAAACAGCUAGGAAGGUCUUAUCGACCGGAAUUGAUUGACACUCUGUACCCGAUACUAUCCCUUCUCGGAUCCCCAGAACCACGUUUGCAGUCUCAUGCUAUGACAGCGCUCAAUCUUCUUGCAAUGGCCUGCGAAUAUGCCAAUACAUCCACAAUGCUGGUAGAGAAUGUUGACUACCUGAUCAAUUCGAUCGCUCUCAAGCUCAAUACGUUUGACAUUUCCCCACAAGGACCACAGGUUCUGCUCAUGUUAUUACGCCUGUGUGGUGCGAGACUCAUUCCAUAUCUGGACGACUUGAUUGGUAGCAUUUUCGCAGCACUGGAUAAUUUUCAUGGCUAUCCCCGGCUCGUGGAGUUGCUCUUCGAUGUGCUCGGUGUGGCUGUUGAUGAGGCGGCCAAGAACCCUGCUCUGACUAUCACGAACGGCAUGGAGGAGCCUAAGCAUAGAAAGACUGCAUAUCAGCCUUCUACGAUAGAAGAUAUCUUGCAAGACAUUCGAGCACAUAAAGAACGGAAGGAGAGACGCGAUGCGGAAGAUCUAGUGCGGCCGGGAGAUGACAAUGCAUCACAAUCAGCACCUCAUCGACCAUGGACCUCGAAUUUGGACGGUCCUAAGACCUCAAAGAAAGAUCAAGAGACACAAGAAACAGAAUUUGAUGACAACGAAGAACAACCCUCCAGCCAGGCCGCAGAAGAAGCAAAAGAGUCCCCACUCUCCAAACCACACACCCUUCUCCUAUCCAUUGCCCGCUCAACAAUACCGCAUCUCUCCUCCCCAUCGCCUCGCGUCCGCCUCAUCCUUCUACAACUCUUGACCCGCAUUACCCCAUUAUUAUCCCGGCACGAAAACUCGUUCCUCCCGCUCGUGAACGACGUCUGGCCAGCCAUCCUACCGCGGCUAUUUCCGUCAGAAAGCAAAAGCACAGCCACUAGUAGUAGUGAACAAGAAGAGCCAGAGCAGGAUCCAGCUUACGUCACCAUCGCAGCAGCGGACACCAUGGCAGCCAUCUGCGUCAGUGCAGGCGGUUUCAUGAGUGGGCGAAUUGAGAGUAUCUUCCCGAGCCUGGAGAAACUGUACCGCAGAAUCUGGAGCGAAGUCAAGCAGGACCGACUGAGGAUGGCGCAGCACCGUGGUCCCACAAGGAGAUUAGCCCUGUCCAGCGAAAACGACGCAGCAUCGGUAUCGUCACCGGGCGCGAAUCUGAAAGGCACUGUAGACCUUCGGAUCGUCGAAUCGCCUCCUAUUCCCAGCCGCACGAACCCCCCCAUCGGCAGCAACAGCAGCAACACCUCAACCACCCACCAACUCCACAUCCAAACCUCAACGACACAGACUCAAACCUCGAAAAUCCACACCUCCCUUCUCAACCUCCUGACCACCAUCCUCCUCCACACGUCCAUCCCCGCAACCUCGGAGAUCGGCGAUGCGAUCCUUGCGCUCCUCAGCCCUAUCAUGGAUGAACCUGGUCGGGAACACGUGCGCGAGGCGCUGGAAGUUUGGAACGCGGAUGCGGUGUGGGUUGUUAGAGAAAUAGGGGCGAUGGAGAGGGAGAUGAGGGAGGGUAGGAGGACGGUUGGGGACUGGACAUUAAGAGGUCAGGGGGGGAGGGGCCAAGGAGAGGAGGAAAGUGGUUGUGAAGACGGGAAUCGGUGCGGAUUAGAAGAUGUGGUGUCUUGA